GAGGGGCUGCUUUGCACACUCGAGCUAGCUCAGUGAGCCCAGCUAGUAGUUUACAGCUUGUCUGAUAAUUACAAACCUAGUAACAGUACUUAGUCCUAGCAACAGCAACUAACACUUAGAGCUAGCUUCAGUCUUCAGCGUUGAUCUCACAGUAACAUGGCAAACUCCUUUAUCCCUAAGGGCCAAGAAGGGCUUCUCCUCAGAGAUCCACUAACCUUUGGAUUUUCAGCCCCAUCUGGAGCCAAGGACUACAAGCCAAUUUACUCCAAGCAAUAUGAUCAUAGCCACAAGCUGAACAAGUAUGACCGAGAAGCCCUGCAAAGUGGAGGCCUUCCUAAAAAGAUAGGAUUCUACACUAGGAAUAACCCUCAUCCAGUACGUGCUCGCCACAUCAAAGGCCUGCUGGAUGCUCCUAUCUGCUGCAUUGAGGACAACACCGAGCCAAGGUACCUGAUGUCAGCUCCCUCCGGUCAGGACUUCCGGCAGCAGUAUUAUCCCCCAGCAAGCACCAGAUUCAGUGCACGGGGACACCUACUACCUGCAGUAGGAGUAGUUCCGGUGACUUUUGCGUGGAGAGAUGAGCUAGAGAAAAAGGCCAACAGCGCCAUCCACCGAGCACUGGGACAGCCCCCAACAUCCCGAGGAGGAGGGGCUGUAGGCCGAAGAAAUCUAGUCAGCCAGUUUGACCACAUGGACGAUAGCAAGCUGCUCGAUCUUAUGUGCCAGAUACUGCAGACUGACUCCAUCCCAGCUUGCCAAGCAUGGCUUAAAGCUGCAUCUGAUAGUGAAAAGACCAUUGUACUGAACAUGAUAAGAAUGGCUGCGACUGGUGAAUUUACUUCCGAUACUACCAAGAAUAGACCAUGUACGAGUGACUCUGAUGUACGCUACAUCUGGGCUCCCGAUAAAAGUCAAGCCAGAGGAGGACAUGGGUUGUUGAAUAAUGAUCAUGACUCCUAUCUGGAGGAUGAGGAUUUCAAGUUUUCAUUUGAAAAGGAUAAUGAUGAAGACAACAGACCUGGUCUUUAUGAUGUUGAUAACAGUGCCCCAUUCAAGUUGCCUGAGAACGAUACAAUCGUCAAGACAGCCAGACAACUCUCCAAUCUUGCUUCCAGACAAGGAUCGCGCUGUGGAACGGCCAAUGUCAUGUUCAGAGGUCUCUCAGCAAAAGAACCUCCUUCUCCCUCAAGAAACGCCCAACUAGCCAUGGCUGAAAACCUAAGCAAGUCAACAUCUGAGCAGCUCCAGAGUUACCUCAAAAAACACAACCGUGAAAAACACUCACGUUCAGCAUCUCUCUCCGGCCCUGUGGCAAUAAGGCCGACCUCAAAGAGACCUAGAUCGCGUAGUGCUACAGUUGGAUCAAACACUGCUAACUAUCCCCCUGCUCCUGUGAAGCUAACGGUGACCAAAGAGAGGCUCAGAGAUGGUAUUGGAUCACGAAAAAUAACAGCUAAGCUACAAUACACUUCACAUUGUGGCUCACAAUAAUCUGGAUGAACGUAAUUACAUACAGUCAGUACGAAACGUUUAUUUACGCUUUCAAACAUACAAAUUAAGCAAUUACAUUUUGCACAUAUAAUUAUUGAAUGGCAAUAAUUGUAUAUUUAUCUAGAUAAUGUUUGUGCAAUCUUUAUGACUGCAUGUGUAUAUACAUUUCA